CCAAAAGCAUUUGAAACCAAAAGCAAAAAACAGAACAAUUUUAUUAAGCGGUUUUACAUAUAUUUCUCUCACUCUCUCGUUUCUGCGUUGCGUUGUCCUCCUUCCCCUUCUUCUUCUUCUUCUUCUUCUUCUUCCCUUAGGAGCCCCUCUCUCUCUCUCUCUCUCUCUCUCUCUCUCUGUGCCAUGGCGUCCACCGAGAGCUUCACCGACAAGAACGCUUUUUUCAGAAAGCUCAAAGCCAAGUCCGACAACAAGAUGUGUUUUGAUUGCAAUGCUAAGAAUCCAACAUGGGCUUCUGUUACGUACGGGAUCUUCUUGUGCAUCGAUUGUUCGGCCUCUCAUCGCAGUCUAGGCGUUCACGUCAGCUUCGUUAGGUCUACCAAUUUAGAUUCAUGGACUCCAGAGCAGCUAAAGAUGAUGAGUUUGGGGGGAAACAACCGUGCUCAAGCUUUCUUCAAGCAGCAUGGAUGGACUGGUGGAGGCAAGAUUGAGGCCAAGUAUACCUCAAGAGCGGCUGAAUUAUAUAGACAGAUACUUACAAAAGAAGUUGCUAAAAGUUCUGCAGAAGACGCAGGCUUGCCAUCAUCUCCAGUUGCUUCUCAGUCAGCAUAUGUCUCUAAUAGACUUCCUGAUGUCAAGAUCAGUGAAGCUUCUAAAGAAAUUUCCUCAGGAAAGCAAGAAGUUCCUAAUGUCUCUGCUUCACCUAAAGCUUCUCAUACAGUUACUGUUAAAAAGCCUCUUGGUGCAAAGAAAACUGGAAAAACUGGGGGACUUGGUGCUCGAAAGCUUACUACUAAGCCAAGUGAGAAUCUCUAUGAUCAGAAGCCUGAAGAACCUUCUGUACAAGUUUCCACCUCAACUAAUAGCACCCCAACGGACAGCUCAUCUUUUACAUCACGUUUCGAGUACGUAGAUAAUUUUCAAGAUGCUCCGAUGAGUUCUGGAGGCACGCAUGUGUUGAGCCAUGUAGCCCCGCCAAAAUCGUCAAGUUUCUUUUCAGAUUUUGGGAUGGACAGUGGUUUCACAAAGAAAUCAGGCUCCAAUUCAUCUAAGAUUCAAUUGGUUUGCAUUUGUAAUGCCUGUCUUUCUGUAUUUGUUGAUACGUAUUAUAAUUCUCAGAUUGAGGAAACGGAUGAAGCAAGGAAGAAGUUCUCCAAUGCAAAGUCUAUUUCAUCCGCCCAAUUUUAUGGGGAUCAAAGCAAAGCCACUGCAGAUGCUCAUGUUUCCUUGCAAAAGUAUUCAGGUUCAACAGCCAUCUCUAGUGCAGAUCUAUUUGGUGACGAUAUGGAUAAUUCCAGUCUUGAUGUCGCUGCAAGUGACUUCCUUAACCGACUAUCGUUCCAGGCACAACAAGAUAUUUCUUCUCUUAAAAAUAUAGCGGGAGAGACUGGGAAGAAACUGAGUUCCCUGGCGUCCACUUUAAUGACAGAUCUCCAGGAUAGGGUUCUCUGACAAUGCUAUGUUUUGUGUUCGAAUUCAUGAGGAUUAGCUUGUUACAAUUGUUACCACAAUAUUUAUCUAGUGGAUGUAAAAAAAAAAAAAUCAAAAAUUUAUUUGAAAAGACAAAUAUAAGAUUUUAACACUCACCAUGCUUAUGAUAAGCUGUUGUUAUUUUAUUUUGUAUCUGAGGGAUUGUUAUUUUAGAUUGCUUAUGUAUGCUUUUGUUUUUUAUAUUUUAUUUGAAGGAAUGUCAAUGUUUGUUGAUUAUUCA